AUGAACGACCCAGACUUCGAAGACCGCACGAUAUCCGACGACGAAGAGGACGAUGCAGAGACCGUCUCCCAGUCGACACUCAACCCCGACUACACCGCCCUCAAAGCCUUCCGACGCGCAUGGCGCAACUCCACACAAGCGCGAGGGGGAAGCAUCCGAGCCACGGAGCUGUUGGAAAAGCUCGAUGUCGACACAUUCUGCGUGCUGGAGAAGAUGCUGAAUACCGUUGUUCUGGAGGAAUCCAAGACGUAUAUCAGGCACAUGGACCGCUCGCCGUUCUGGAAGCUCUGCGAGCUGGAUAUCUGGGGCCUUUUUGGCAAUACGGGCUGCACGGCGGCGUUUCUUCUUCCCCUGACGAGAGAUUUGGCUCGGGAAUGUCAGACGGCGGAGGAGGCUGUUGGGUUUCUGGAGCAGGCUCGGGAGAGGCGCCGGAGUAGGCACAGAAAGGGAGAGGUCGAUGAUCGAGAGACGGGUGAGGAGUGGACACCAUCAGAUGUGAAGACGGCAGUGGAGCUGGCGAAGAAAUCAAUUCAGAGUAUAACAUCACAUGGCGACGAAUCUCUCGAUAAGGGAAGCAACCUUGACGAUACCAGCCUAGAUACGACAUCCACAAGCGACUCUUCAACACUGGACAGGUCUGGCAGCCGCGGCAAAGGUGGAGAUGAGGACCGGAAAGCCAUGGUUGAGCAAACGCUUGUGUGA